AUGGCUACCAAUAACUUAGACUUGGGUUCUACUUCACCUUUCAACCUCCAACAAACCCUCCAACACCGUCCUGAUCUCCACCUUCAAAUCCCCCAGCAGGACUCCGAAGACGAUACAAACCAAAACACCCCCGGUUCUGGUGAUGGUAGCGGUCGCCGUCCUCGUGGUCGCCCUCCGGGUUCCAAAAACAAGCCCAAACCACCAGUCAUCAUUACCCGAGAAAGCGCCAACACCCUAAGAGCUCACAUCCUUGAAAUCAGUAGUGGGUGUGACGUUUUUGAAUCUGUCGCUGAUUACGCCAGGAAACGUCAACGUGGGAUUUGUAUAGUGAGUGGAAGUGGCACCGUAAACAACGUUAGUCUGCGGCAGCCGGCGGCAGCUGGAUCUGUUGUGACACUUCAUGGCCGCUUUGAGAUACUUUCACUGUCGGGAUCGUUUUUGCCUCCUCCGGCUCCACCGGGUGCCACCAGCUUGACAAUUUACUUGGCUGGUGGACAAGGUCAGGUUGUAGGUGGGAAUGUUGUCGGGGCUCUGGUUGCUUCUGGGCCGGUGAUUGUUAUAGCUGCUUCUUUCACAAAUGUAGCGUAUGAGAGGCUGCCAUUAGAUGAGGAGGAGGCAGCUGCAAGUAGCGGGGGAGGUGGUGGCGGAAACGGAGACGGAGAUGGAGGCCCCAAUCAUCCCUUUCCAGACCCAUCAUCGAUGGGUUUACCGUUUUUUAACUUACCCCUCAACAUGCCAAACGUUCAGUUACCGGUGGACGGUGGUGGUUGGUCUGGUAACACGGCAAGUCGGCCGCCUUUUUGA